AAAUAUCCCUAGAAUUUUAUCACUUUCCUUGCAUUGCUAUCAGGAAAAAUAUUAAAGAGAAUAAAACAAUUAAGCAGUUAAUCACCAAAUCCACCUUGCAUUAUAUGCAUAUAUUCAUCAUCAUGAUGAAAUUUUGUCGUAUUACGUAUUUACAAAUGUUAGCUUUCAAGUUAAGAACAAAAGAGGUAGUUAAUUUUGACAACCCAAUUUCCCUUUAAAUCUUAAUCGGAAGGUCAUUUGCAAAGGAACUCUUUCUCUCUUCAUAUUGCAUGAGAGAGGGAGAGUGAGGAUAGACAGGAAAGUGCCCAUUAAAAGAUUGCACGCUAGUGUUUCAUUCUCAGCCAACUUUCUCUUUUGGGACACAUACCAAAUCCAUGAGAAAGCAUCAAGGAAAUACAGAUCAAAAGAAGACGCAGAAGCAGAAGAGUGCAAAUGAGAUGCCAAACAUGAAUGGAGUUGUCAUAACUGUCUAUGAAGAAUCACCUUCGGUCAUCCAGCCACUUUCCGAAUCCAAUCCUGACAAGAAAGUUAAGAUAAACCCAGUUUCGAAAAGGCCUAAGAGGGGCCAAGGAGGUUACGAUCGCCGGGCUCAGCUCUUAGCUUACGCUCAAGAGAUGAGAGCAGCAGAUAAUGACGAGCAAAUUCAAUGGAACGAAAAGAGUUCAAGGCACAAAUCAAAGAAAUGGAAGUGCCCAACUACAGCUAGAAGACUUGGGAUUUCAUUUCUGGGAAUCUUUCGGAAGAAAAAACGGCGAUGGAAGUAUCGACACAUGGCAUCUGAGGAGGAUGAUAAUCGUAACAGUAGUGAGAAGAAGAACAAACAUGGGAGGAGAAAGUUUUGGGAUUUUUAAUCAUGUUUCGCAGAGAAAAUUGAAGCGAAUGUUCAGAGGAUUAUCUUUUGUUUGGCGACGCAAGAAAGGGUAAUGGAAGUGAUCAUCCAAUGGUGGGGAGAUUGCUGGAUUUGGAUCCCUAAGCUGAUGCCCAUUUUGCUGGCUUACUUUGUCUCCUGCACGUUUUUUAUUCCACUAUUUGCGAUCUUUUUUGAAUCCCUAAACUGUAAAAAGGAGAUCCAAUAUUUUCUUGAAUACACUUGCAAUUGACAGCUCAA